GGCCCCCCAUGACCCGACUCGCUCACCGUUUUCUCCGUGUUUCUCUGAGUCACGACUCGCCCUCACACCACACUCCCUUUUUGAGCCCUUCAAUUCUCCAUUGUUGAAGUAAAAGCCGGUGAUGAGCAGAGGAGCAAUGUGAAAAUGGCCACGGCUAGUUUCAGGAGCGGCGCGGUUGGCAGAGGGGGAGUUAAGGCGGAUACUAUUACUAACCGAACGUCCUCGAUCAACUCAGCUCCCAAGUCCUCUUUCAAAUCCAAGAGCUCCGCGCCACCGCAGAAUUCCGGUCUCCGCCGCAACAGCACCGGCUCAGUCGCCACGUCCACUAAGGAACGCGGUGGAGUUUCAGGCCGUGUUCGAGUUGCAGUCAGGUUACGGCCUCGAAAUGCAGAGGAAAUGGUUGCUGAUACUGAUUUUGCUGAUUGUGUGGAAUUGCAGCCAGAGCUCAAAAGGUUGAAUCUUCGAAGAAACAACUGGGAUACAGAUACAUAUGAAUUUGAUGAAGUGCUUACUGAAUUUGCAUCACAAAAGCGUGUUUAUGAAGCUGUGGCUAAACCUGUUGUUGAGAAUGUCUUGGAUGGUUAUAAUGGAACAGUCAUGGCAUAUGGGCAAACUGGGACAGGAAAAACUUACACUCUGGGACGGUUGGGAGAAGAAGAUACUGCUGACCGUGGGAUAAUGGUGCGUGCAAUGGAAGAUAUUCUUGCUGAAAUAUCACUGGUGACUGAAACAGUUUCUGUAUCUUACUUGCAGCUGUAUAUGGAGUCUAUACAGGAUCUUCUUGAUCCAGCUAAUGGUAAUGUAUCCAUAGUGGAAGAUCCUAAAACUGGAGAUAUAUCACUACCUGGGGCUACUGUAAUGGAAAUCAGAGACCAAAAAAGUUUCUUGGACCUACUGCAACUAGGUGAAGCUCAUAGGAUUGCUGCUAAUACAAUUUUGAACACAGAAUCUUCACGCAGCCAUGCUAUACUGAUGGUACAUGUUAAAAGGUCUGUCAAGGGAAGAGAUUCUGCUCUUUCCACUGAACAUGGUCCAUCUCACUUGGCUAAAACAUUCAAGCAACCUGUUGUUCGCAGAAGCAAGCUAGCUGUUGUGGAUCUUGCUGGCUCUGAGCGCAUUAGCAAGUCAGGAAGUGAAGCACACACUUUAGAGGAGGCCAAGUCUAUAAAUCUAUCUCUUACUGCAUUAGGGAAAUGCAUUAAUGCACUGGCGGAGAAUAGUAACCAUGUUCCAGUACGUGAUUCGAAGCUUACUAGACUGCUUCGAGAUUCGUUUGGAGGUACUGCACGAACUUCAUUAGUUAUUACCAUUGGUCCAUCUCCACGCCACCGUGGAGAGACUGCAAGUACCAUAAUGUUUGGAAAAAGGGCUAUGAAGGUGGAGAAUAUGUUGAAAACCAAAGAAGAAUUUGAUUACAAAGGUUUGUCCAGAAGGCUUGACAUUCAAUUGGACAAGCUAAUUGCUGAACAUGAAAGUCAACAGAAAGCAUUUCAAGAUGAAAUUGAGAGGAUUGCUCAAGAGGCUCAGAAGCGAAUUUCUGAGGCUGAAAGAAAUCAUGAUGUAUUAUUGGAGAGUGAAAGAAUGAAGUAUGAGAAAGAGUAUUUGGAUGCAAUACAGAAGCUAGAGCAGCAGUGGGAAACAAGUCAAGGAAAACAUGAAAAGGUUGGGGUAAAUGAUUCCAACAACACUGAGAAAUUCAACCAAGAGCCUAACGAUCUUGGUGUCACUGAGGACAUUGCUGAGAUUAAGAGGUUGCUUCAAAAUGAAACUCUUUUAAGGAAAGCUGCAGAAGAGGAGAUCAGUGAUCUAAAAAAUCAAAUAGCACAGUGGCAAAGGUCAGAGGCAGUUAGAAGUACUGAAAUCUUAAAGCUACAGAAGAUGUUGGAAGACGAGACACGUAAAAAAAAGAGACUUGAAGAACAAAUAACAAUAUUGCAAAAUCAGCUACUGCAAUCAAAUUUUGAAGUUGAUGAGGCAAGGAGGAACCUAGAUGGAGGAGGUACUACAGAACUGCCUAGUGAUCUAGAUUCUCCACUUCCUCUAAUUUGUCAACAAUUAAGAGAUUCUGAAGAAGAGAAGGCCUCAAUGGAAAAACUUUUUGAACAAGUGGGACUCCAAAAGAUAUUAUCACUACUUGAAUCAGAAGAUGCAGAUGUUCGUAUUCAUGCUGUAAAGGUUUUGGCAAAUCUAGCGGCCGAAGUGACAAAUCAGGUAAAAAUUGUUAAAGCUGGUGGUCUCACAUCCUUGUUGGCAAUUCUUAGAAGCUCCAGUGAUGAGACUAUCCACAGGGUUGCAGCAGGUGCACUUGCAAACCUUGCCAUGAACGAAACCAAUCAAGAGCUUAUAAUGUCUCAAGGAGGCAUACGCUUGUUGUCAGUGACAGCAACAAAUGCUCAGGAUCCUCAAACUCUUCGCAUGGUUGCUGGAGCUAUUGCUAACCUCUGUGGAAAUGAUAAAUUGCAAAUAAAGCUGAGAGGUGAAGGUGGUAUCAGGGCACUGGUUGGAAUGGUCAAAUGCAAGCAUCCUGAUGUUCUUGCUCAAGUUGCUCGUGGAAUUGCUAACUUUGCUAAAUGCGAGUCUAGAGCAUAUAUUCAAGGAACCAAGUCCGGGAAGUCUCUCCUUAUUGAAGAUGGAGCAAUGCCUUGGAUAAUACAGAACGCUAGCAAUGAAGCAUCACAUAUUAGGCGCCAUAUUGAGCUAGCACUCUGUCACAUAGCACAGCACGAGGUAAACGCAAAGGACAUGAUUAGUGGAGGCGCUUUGUGGGAGCUUGUUCGUAUCUCCCGGAAUUGUUCUAGAGAGGAUAUCAGGACUCUUGCAUACCAUACACUGACUUCAAGCAAAAGCUUCCAAGCUGAACUGAAGCGACUAAGGGUAGAUUAUGGCUGAAAACUAAUAUAAAAGGUUGGUAGCUGUUUAGUACAGAUUAUCAAUGAGCUUGUUGACCACGUAGGUGACUUUAAUCUUGAAAUCUUCUUGACAACAGAUUGGUUGAUAUAGGGUUGGUAGCUGUUUAGUACAGAUACUUAUGAUUGCUUGAUUGAGACUGUAGAUAAUUCCAAUUAUUUUGGUUGUAUAUUGUAAGACAUAUUUUUGGAGUUUGAAAUGUAAAUUAGUUCCUUGUUUA